AUGAGUAGAACCAGGGAGAGUAGUGGAACCACGGAGAGAUGUGGAACCAGGGAGAGAAGUGGAACCAGGAGAAGUGGAAGCAGGGGGAGAAGUGGAACCAGGGAGAAAAGUAAAACCAGGAAGAAAAAGGAAACCAGGAGAAGUGGAACAAGGGAGAGAAGUGGAGCCAGGGAGACAAGUUUAACCAGGGAGAGAAAUGGAACCAGGGAGAUGAGUAGAACCAGGGAGAGCAGUGGAACCAGGGAGAGCAGCGGAACCAGGGAGAUGAGUAGAACCAGGGAGAGAAGUGGAACAAGGGAGAAAAGUAGAACCAGGAAGGGAAGAAAAACCAGGGAGAGAAGUGGAGCCAGGAAUAGAAGUGGAACCAGGGAAAAAGUGGAACAAGAAAUAGAAGCGAAACAUGGGAGAGAAAUGGAACCAGUAAGAGAAGUGGAACCAGGGAGAGAAGUGGAACCAAGGAGAGAAGUGGAACCAGGGAGAGAAGUGGAACCAGGGAGAGAAAUGGAACCAGGAAGAAAAGUGGAACAAGAAAUAGAAGCGAAACAUGGGAGAGAAAUGGAACCAGUAAGAGAAGUGGAACCAGGGAGAGAAGUGGAACCAGGGAAAGAAGUGGAACAAGGGAGAGAAGUGGAACCAGGAGGAGUGGAACUAGGGAUUGAAGUGGAACCAGGGAAAGAAAGUGGAACCAGGGAGAGAAGUGGAACCAGGGAGAGUAGUGGAACCAGGGAGAGAAGUGGAACCAGGGAGAGAAGUGGAACCAGGGAGAGAAGUGGGACCAGGAAGAGAAGUGGAACCAGGGAGAGAAGUCGAGCCAGUAAGAGAAGUGGAACCAGGGAGAGACGUGGAACCAUCAGAGAGAGAAGUGAAACCAGGAAGAGAAGUGGAACCAGGGAGAGAAGUGGAACCAGGGAGAGAAGUAAAACCAGGGAGAUAAGUGGAACCAGGGAGAGAAGAAAAACCAGUAAGGGAAGUGGAAGCAGGAAAGAAGUGAAACUAGUAAGAAAAAGUGAAUCCAGGGAGAGAUGUGGAACCAGGAGGAGAAGUGGAACCAGGGAGAGAAGUGGAACCAGGAGGAGAAGUGGAACAAGAAAUAGAAGUGGAACCAGGGAGAGAAGUGGAACCAGGAGAAGUGGAACAAGAAAGAGAAGUGGAACCAGGGAGAGAAAUAAAACCAUGGAGAGAAGUGAAACCACAGAGAAAAGUGGAACCAGAGAGAGAAGUGAAACCAUUGUGAGAAGUGGAACCAUGGAGAGAAGGGGAACCAGAGAGAGCACCGGAACCAGAGAGGUAAGUGGAACCAGGGAGAGAAAUGGAACCAAAGAGAGUAGUGGAACAUGGAAAAGAAGUGGAAGCAGGGAGAGCAGCGGAAGGAGAGAGAUAAGUGGAACCAGGGAGAAGUGGAACCAGGGAGAGGAGCAGCGGAGCCAGGAAGAAAUGUGGAACCAGGGAGAGAAUGGGAACCAGGAUGAGAAGUGGAAUCAGGGAAAGAAGCGAAACCAAGGAGAGAAGCUGAACUAGGGAGAGAAGU